CGUUGGUGGCGACAUGGGUCGGAGACAGUAUCCAACCCGUAUCUAACACAAAGGCUUCCACUUUUUCAGAAGCUACAGCUUCCGCUGUGUGCUAAAUGUAUAUGUGCCGGACAAUCUCACUCGUCGAAGCUGAACGAUCAUCAUCGGCGUGAUUGAAUCUGAAUGCGGCAGGUGUCGCUGGAUUAACCAGACACCAUCACCCCUGACGACAGAUACCACUCUUUGACAGGUGCAGCAGAUUAUGGACCGCGUUGCAGAGGAGAGAAGCCCUGUCUAUGACUCUUGAUUCUCUAAAAUCCCAGAAAUACCCUUGGCCUUUGGCUGUUUCCUGCCCUGGUCUACGUUCUCCAAUAAAGAAACAAUUUAGCAAGCCAUGGUGUUCCUCGUCCAUGAAUAAAAUAAGAGUUCCAAUCUCCCAGUUUAGCUUGCAAGUCAUCUUCGUCCUAUUAAAGAAACAUAAGCUCUCUUCACCUUCAACUACGAGGAUAUCCAUGGUCAAACAAAAAAAAAAUGUGAAUCUCAUUCUUCAGUUCUUUUCUUCAGUCUCUUCUUGACUCUUGAGACAGUUGGCUUCCUCCAUUUUCCACUCUGAAACUCCCUUGCAUUUUCCCUUUUUUCUUUGGGUCGGCUUAGAAUGUUGGUUGGCUUAUAAUGAAAAUGAAAGAGUAACAAGUGCAAGUGUAAACUGUUUCCCAUCACUAUCUGAACAAAAUCUCUCUUAACCUUGCUCUGUUUCCUAUUGUCUGUGUCUUGCUUCAGCAGAUCUUUUUGUCUUGUUUCGUUCUCUCCUGCAUUUGGUUUGGUAUCUUUGCACUGCUUAAAUAGUGUACUCGAGCUUCUGUUCCUGGGUAUAUCGUGUUGAUAAUUACUUUUUCCCGGCAAGCUGUAUCUUUUUUAAGAGUUUUGAUGGAAGCGAAUAAAGACACGGCAGAGAGGAGAGGCACUGGAGGAGAAGUGGUGAUUAAUGUUUCCGGUGACGAUACUUUGCAAGGGCAAAAAGGGUCUGCUCCAAAAGAAGCAGAGGCAUUGGCCGCUAAGCAAAGUGCUCAAGAUGCUGCCGACAAAGCAUCAACUGAAUCCGGUGCUGUUACUACUGGUUUGGCUAAAUCAGUGCCGGUGGGCUGCCCUUCUCCGGAGACAUCAAAAUUUGACCCAACUGCAAAUAAACCACCAAAAGUCCCAAGUCAAGGUAAUGAGCCCCUUACUCGAAGAAGGUCAUUUGCAAGGUCAUUAAACUCAAAACCCAAGUCAAGAUUUGGAGAACAAUCUUAUGUUCUUGAAUCUGAUCUGAUGGAAGAGAAUGGUUUAGUUAAUCGGGAACAAGGUGGUAGUAAUUCACCUUGUAGACAUUCCUUCAAUAAGGCCUCGCCUAAUAACAAGUCGGCCAGAAGUAUUAGGACGGAUUCUGCUGUGUCCAAAACGUUAUCAAUUGGCGCUACCGGAGAAAAUGAAUAUGAAGAGAUAAUCAAGAAAGUUAAACUGCAUAAAGAGAAGCUUAAGGGAGUGAAAGCUAAGGUUGUCAUUGAGUGCGUCGUAUUUUUGUUCCUCUUGGGGUGCUUAAUAGCUAGCUUAACUGUAGAUAAAUUACAGAAAACCUCUGUUUGGAGUUUGAAAAUUUGGAAAUGGUGUGUACUUGUGAUGGUUAUUUUCUGUGGUACGUUGGUUACUAAUUGGUUUAUGCAUCUGAUUGUUUUCUUGAUUGAGCUUAACUUUCUGCUGCGGAAGAAAGUGCUAUAUUUUGUUCAUGGUUUGAAGAAGAGUGUUCAGGUCUUUAUUUGGCUGAGUUUAGUUCUUGUUACUUGGGUUCUUUUGUUUCUUGGUGUCGAGAGAUCAAAGACUGCCACAAAAAUUCUCGAUUAUGUAACUUGGACUCUAGUAAGCGUUCUCAUUGGAUCAUUUUUGUGGUUGUUGAAGACUCUGUUGUUAAAGAUAUUGGCUUCCAAUUUCCAUAUGAACAAAUUCUUCGAUAGAAUACAAGAAUCAGUCUUCCAUCAGUACGUACUUCGGACCCUUUCAGGACCUCCAUUCAUGGAGAUUGACGGGAUUCAAAAAUCGCCAGCUCAUAUGACUGUUAGCAGUGCAAAAAAGGGUAAAGGAGCAAAAACAAAAAAGUUGAUUGACAUGGGAAAGGUUCAUAAAUUGAAGCGAGAGAAAGUUUCAUCUUGGCACAUGAAGGUGUUGGUAGAUGCUAUCAUGAAUUCGGGGCUUUCCACAAUCUCCAACACAUUAGAUGAAAGUGCUUAUGACGAAGGUUGCGAACAAGCAGAUAAAGAAAUUACCAAUGAGGAGGAGGCACAGUAUGUUGCUCAUCAAAUUUUCUCGAAUGUUGCCCAACAUGAGAGUAAUCACAAUCGCAGUUACAUUGAUGAGGAUGACCUAUUAAGGUUCAUGAUUAAGGAGGAGGUGGAUCUUGUGUUUCCAUUGUUCGAAGGAUCAAGCACUGGAAAAAUUGACAAAAAAAGUUUCACAAACUGGGUGGUAAGAGCAAUGAAACUCCCCUUUAAAUCUUGGGCAUAUAGUAAACACUGUUAGCAAUGCAAGUAGGCAACAAUGAGAAUUAGAAAUUUUCACUCCUAUUAUUUGCUGGAAGCCUAUACUGUUUUCUGGCGGAUUUUACUAGAUAGAUUACAUACAGAAAGCAAAUAAAUGUUACAUAUUUUGGCAGUAAUGACUAGAAUAAAAUAUUGACUACUUUUGGCAACUACGUGGAGCAAAGGAAUCUGACUUCUAUAGUGCUUUUUGUGAUGUUGAUUUAGAAUUGAAAGUAGAAACUACUCGAGUAACAACACAGAUUUGUAACAAAGUGCAUGCUGUCCGUAUGACUUCAUGGUUUCAGGUUUUGAUCAAAUGAAUUUGAUCCUGACAUAUUAUCUGGCUGUUUAAAUAGAUGUAUUUGUUGUGAGAUACACUCUGUCUGUAUAAUCUUAUAUUUUUUAGUUUUGAUGGAAUGAACUUGAUCCUGCCAUUUUAACUUGCUGUCUUAAACCUGAGGAAGUAAAGCCAUCCAUAAAG